AUGGCACUAGGGUGGGUGGCUGCAGUGAACGGCACUGAUGGCCGGGGCAGGCCGCAGCGUGGUGGUGCUGCUGGCGCUGGCGGCCGUGCUGGUGGUGCUGGUGGCAGGCGUGGCGGGCAAGGAGGCAACGUGAUUGGUGUGGUGGGCGCGCGGAUGAGUGGCGAGCAGAUGGUGGGGUCAGCAGGCAUGGCCAAUGCCACGGGCCGCCUGGAGCUGAAGCUUGUCAAGUCAGUGCCGCUCGACGCUCCUUCUCUCCUCUUUCCCUUUUGCACCGCCAUGGCUCUGCUUCUCCUUUCACUUGCUUAUGAUCCCUCCUCUCUCUGCUCUUGCAACUCGACGGCCACUGACAUGGACGUGCACUACUCGCUCUCCCUUGCGCACGUCUCCUCCCCCUCCCCUCCCACCGCCGCCUCCAUCCACGCAGGCCCCGCCGCCUCCGCAUCUGCCCUGCUGCUGGCCUUCCCCGCCUCCGCCUGGACCAACACCACCCGCCCCUUCCAUCGCGCCUCCAACGCCACCGCUGCUGCCCCCCCUGCGGCUGCACGCUUCAGCUACGGCGCCAGGGGCGUGUGGGCCAACGCGUCCUCCCUCCCUGCGGCUGCGGGCGGCUCUGUGGCUGCGGCUGUGAGCAGCAUCCUCGCUGCCCCCGCCUCCUUCCACGCUCUCAUUGCCACCUCCGCAUUCCCCCAGGGGGCUGUGCGCGGCCAGAUGGCCAACAUGACCCGUGGGGGGAAGUAG